CCGCCUGCCCCCCAUCCUCCACCCCCGCUUCCCCCUUCCCCUCCAGUCCCGCCUGCCCCCCAUCCUCCACCCCCGCUUCCCCCUUCCCUCCAGUCCCGCCUCCCCCCAUCCUCCACCCCCGCUUCCCCUUUCCCCCCAGUCCCGCCUGCCCCCCAUCCUCCACCCCCCGCUUCCCCUUUCCCCCCAGUCCCGCCUGCCCCCCAUCCUCCACCCCCGCUUCCCCCCCCCGCUUCCCCUUUCCCCCCAGUCCCGCCUGCCCCCCAUCCUCCACCCCCGCUUCCCCCUUCCCUCCAGUCCCGCCUGCCCACCAUCCUCCACCCCCGCUUCCCCUUUCCCCCCAGUCCCGCCUGCCCCCCAUCCUCCACCCCCGCUUCCCCCUUCCCUCCAGUCCCGCCUGCCCCCCAUCCUCCACCCCCGCUUCCCCCUUCCCCCCAGUCCCGCCUGCCCCCCGCUUCCCCCCUUCCCCCCAGUCCCGCCUGCCCCCAUCCUCCACCCCCGCUUCCCCCCCCUCCAGUCCCGCCUGCCCCCCAUCCUCCACCCCCCGCUUCCCCCUUCCCUCCAGUCCCGCCUGCCCCCCAUCCUCCACCCCCGCUUCCCCUUUCCCCCAGUCCCGCCUGCCCCCCAUCCUCCACCCCCGCUUCCCCCUUCCCUCCAGUCCCGCCUGCCCCCCAUCCUCCACCCCCGCUUCCCCUUUCCCCCCAGUCCCGCCUGCCCCCCAUCCUCCACCCCCGCUUCCCCCUUCCCUCCAGUCCCGCCUGCCCCCCAUCCUCCACCCCCGCUUCCCCUUUCCCCCCAGUCCCGCCUGCCCCCCAUCCUCCACCCCCGCUUCCC